AACAUGCACUUUGCUCUAACUGACACAACAAUCACUUAAAAUCUCUGAUACAGUGAGUGGAAGUUUGCACUUUGAAAUAUGGCAAUUAAGAAAGAGAAUAUGGAUUAUAUCAAUAUUGUGUAAAAGGUAAUGAGUGCAUUAGGUUCCUGGUUAGAAACCAGCUGGACAUGUUUAUUUGUCCUCCCAGAAUGAAAUUUGUUAACAGGUCAAAUCUUCUGGAUCAACAAGUCAAUUUUUUUUUAUCAACACCAUCAAAACAUCAUCAGUUUUAAUCAUCAUGAUGGCACUUAUCUAAAAUUAGAUAUCCCCCUAAUAUAGAGAUAAGAUGCACUCUGUUAGUUGCAUACUGUUAAAAGUACAAUAAAGUACAUUUAUACUUGAGUCAAAGUGUAAUGUUUAGAUUUUACUCAAAGUCUGGAUUUUCUUCCAAUUCCAUCAACACUCACCACAGGAGCAGGAGACUUUCCUAUAUGUUCCUGAACACAGCACCGUCACAUUAUCGAUCGAGAGCAGACAUAAAUGUGUUUCAUUUGUCGCUUUGAUUCAGACUAAUCCACGAAAGACAUUAAAACCGCUAAAUGAGCUUCAGAUGUCAUUUGCACGUUGCUUCGUGAUGCUUUCUGAACAGACCGAGUAACUGCUCAGCGAUGGUGUCCUCAAACGCUGGGGUUUCCGAUGCGUCCCUGAAGGCGGCCUUCAGAAGAAGUUUGGAUGUGUUGCAGCGCUGCAGCCUCACAUGGCAAGUUUCAGUCUGUAGAAACAUCGAGACAACAAACCUCACCAAACUCUUCCACCUACAGAUGAUCGAUCUGUGCUCCGGUCUUUGACAGAAGAUGAUGCAGUAACAGUCGCAGUUGCUUGGAGUUUGUUCUGAGGACUCUUUUGGGGGAUUUAGUUAUCACCAUGGAUGGUAUCAAUGACUACAUCUGGCAGCGCCGUAUCCACCAUGGCGUCAGGUAUCAGAAAGGUGUGGUCCCGUUCCCGGAUUCGGUUGAAAUUGGGCUGGAGUUCAACGCGGCACUGGAAAGGAAGGAAAAGUUAGAUGAGAGUCUGCUGUCGGCUGGCGUGAUGGUGGAUAUUUGUGACUUUGCCAAAACAGUGACUAAGUCCGAGAAGUACUUCUUAUUCGAAAUGCUAGAGUUCAACUUUGACCUCGGUGUGGAUAAGGACAAUGACAAGCAGUGCUAUGAAUACGCAUCAAGAAUUCACAAUAAAAUAAAACUUUUGAAGGAACAAAUCAAGUGUAAACCUCAUAGAUUUAAAGAAACAUUUUCGCUGCCUGACCAAAGCGCUAUUAUGAGGUUCAGUCAGCCAAAGAGUGGGCAAGGCUACUGCCCUAAAUGGAACAAAGAUGUAGAUGCGUCGGUCCUCACUGACAGCAGCAAGAACGGCCAAUCUUCAGAAAAUCAGGUGACGGAGAGUAACAGAGCUGUGAGCAGUUUGUGCAUAAUAAAGAGACGAGGAGGAGCAAAGCUAACGGGAGAUGCUUACCCUUUCUGUAAAGAACUUGGUGUGACUCUGAUUUACCAGUCAGAUGAUCCACUAAGACAGAAACUAGACCGAAGUCUGGUGACCAACGGAGUGAUGAUGGAGCUGUUAGACUUUUCCAAAGUGCUUUGUGGAACUCACACUGCGAUAGUUUUUGACUUAGUCAAGCAAAACUUUGGUCUUGAGAUGGAUAAAAUGCAGUUCCGGAUGUGUGUGUCUAAGCUGAUGGAGCGACGAUACGUCUGCAUAAAUACCAAGGCCAGGGACACUUUCAGAAAGGAGCCUUUUAAAGUCCCAACCAAGAAACUAGAGCAGAAUUGUAGAAAGAGGAAAAAGCCAGACUCUGAAGGAGAAAGACUAACAGAAGCUUGUGAGGGAUGGGGAACUCUGACAAACAGGGCAGACGAUGCUGACCUUUCAUACAUGUGUCCCGUUGAUUUUGAGACUGAAAUGCAGUCAGGAACGGAAGCAAAACCAGAUAAAAUGAUGACUGGAAGUUGUUUCACAGGAACAGCUGCAGAACCAAUGUCUGCAGUGGCUUUGGUAAAUGCUGCACAGAAGAGACAAAAGCUUCCUCCUCUUCCUGCUUUAUGUCCAAACGGCCACAACUCUAGGUUGGUUGAACCUUGUCCAAACACCAUAUCAACCCUGAGAGUCUCAGAUUUGAUGUCUGAAGAUAAAAACGAGGAGAAACAUGUAAAAGAUCUGAAACAGAAGCUGUGGAUGAGGCGUGCAACUCGCUCAAAACAAAUCCUUAAGUCAUGCAGAGUGAACGACUUGUUUUCCCACUGCAGGAAGAUCGCUUUAGACUUUAAUGUUGGUUCAGGGAACAAACAGAAAGUGGAUCUGAAGCUGCUCACCAACCACGUGCUGUGGGAGAUUUAUAGGUUUGCCAACUCAUUGAAAAAAAGUGCACAGAGUUUCUUAUUGGAAAUUCUGGACUUGAACUUCAACUUUGUCCCCACAGAUAAGAUACAGCAGCGCAAUUUAAUAUAUUACAUGGUAUUAAAGGAGAAGAUUCUUCAGAGCAACCCUGAUAGAUGGAAAAUAGAGUUUCUCAGCAGACCUGUUCGAUUCCCCGAAGUUUACAGCACGAUUGAUGCGACAAGCGAAUGUCAGACGGGGAUGGAGCAGGAGCAGGAGCAGGAGCAGGAGCAGGAUGUGGAAUCACCGGCUUCAGCUACAAACCAGCAGACGGAUGCGGAGCCACACCAGUUUUGUAACCAGUUAGAUCUCGACCUCUGGUCGACAGAACAACGUUCGGCGAGUCAGAAGCUUGAUCUGAACGUCCUGACCUCGGGUGCCAUGUUUGAAAUAUUCAGCUUUGUCAGAGAGCUUUGUGGAGAAGUCAGUGAGAUAGUUAAUGACAUCCUUGAGCACAAUUUUGAAGUUGAUCUUCAAAGUGGUGAAACAGAGGCUGCAAAGGUGAUCCACAGAUGGUACACAACACAUAGAUUCUUGAUAAAAAAUCACUACAAAUCACCAAAGGCACGAAGGUGGUUAAACGCUGUUGUCCCGCUGAAUGGUGAUGGGAAGAUUUGUCCAAAACCAACGACUCGCAACCACCUGGAGGAUCUGGAUACAGAAGAUGUGAAGCCGAGUAGAGAGGCUUUGGAUGCAAGAAUGCAACAGGUGAAAAAAAAAGUCAACAGCUAUCGCAUCUGCAGAGAGAUUGGACUGGACCUUCAGGUCAAUAGAAAGUCAGAACCCAAAAAGAAACUCGAUUUGCAAUUGUUGACGAGAGGAGCCCUCCUGGAGAUCCACCAGUACGUAGAACAAAACUCCACGAGAUACGUUCCCUCUCUCUACGAGAUUCUUGAUUACAACUUCGAUCUGAGUCCUCUCAAACAUGGGAAGGUGGAGUUCGCCUGGUCCAUCGCAUCCAAGGCGAUCGUCAUAGCAGACAAAAUCAACAGAAAGGGAGAUUAUCUGAACAAAGUGUUUGAGUUGCCCUUCGAGGUCUCACAGUGCCCGCAGAUCAAAGAGGAGCCGGAGGACGAAUUCAGCGAGCCGGACCUUCACGAUGACUCUGGUGUCAUGUUUGUUCGGGAACUGAAGGCUGUUGACAUCGAAGUUGAGAUUGAGUGAAAUCGUAACUCCUGUUUUCAUUGCAAGAAUCAGUACUUGUGGUGAUUUAUAUGGUUGGGUUAGAAAAAAACCAACAUCUUGCAGUAUCUUUUGAGAAUGUCCUGAGAUAUUUUCUCUUUUUCCUUGUGGGUCCGAUCUAUCAUGAACAUUGGAAGUUAAAUCAUAAUUAUAUCCUGUUUUUUGAGAAGUUAGAAAUAGAUCAUGUUUUGAACUUUUGCAUUUAAAAAUGUAUUUGAUCUGUAUGAUAAUUUCAGCAUUGAAGAAGCAACACAAACUCCUGAGCAUCAAAUGUUUGGCUUUUUUGUUUCACAUUUUGUUUUUAGUAUAUUUGACCUACUAAUUGAUUAAGACUAAAGAUUGUAGCAGCAUAGUAGUUGUCACAAAACUUAUAAAAGUUUCUGCCAAAAGACAAUUUCUGGGGUGGGAAAGUGGCAGAUGGCUCAAAUUACGCAUGCAGCCUUACAGGAAUUGAAUAUAAAGUACAGCCACAUCUAUUAGAAAUGAACUGGUUCCAAAUCUGCUUGUAAAACAUGAAAAGUGUGGGCGGGACAAUUCAACGGUACAAACGUGUUGUGUGUUAUUUUCUUUCUGUUUCGUUGCCUUAAAUCUUCCAUGCAUUUGACACAAACACACACAUUCACAGUCCUUAAUUUUUUUUGUAAACUAGGGAGGAAGUGUGUUGUAUAAUUUACAUGUUCAUCUACAAAAGCAGCUCAGUAGAGUCUUGGUUGUUGAGCCUUAUGUGAUGAAGUUAAAGGUGGAUUAUGCCAUGAUUUGUGGAUGUUUUUUAUUAGAUAAAGAGAUGGAUUUUCCUCAGAAACAAGUGGCUGAAUGUCAUUUUCUGCCAAAAUGUUUAUUUUUUUUUCUACAAAAGUGGAUGCAAGCUCAUCUUCCUACCUUAGUUGUAUGUUUUUUGUUUUAAUGAUCAAGUUCUGUUGUUGAGACUUUUCUUUCGACUGCAAAUUAAAGUGUCUUUAACCUUCAUCAGAUGUUUGUUUUUCCCCCCUUUCUCAUUUACUUACUCAGAGGGCAUGUCGUAUGUUCUUUUUACUGUGCUAUAAAUAUG